AAAGUCGACUUAUACUCUUCAAAAAAGUGAAGGGAAGCAUGAUACUGAAUUAGAUGACGAAGUGGAAAUAGUCGCUGAAUGUAAAGACUUGAAGCCCAAUAUAGAAUUAGUAGUUGCUAAAAAAAUUGAUGAUGAUUUUCAAUAUCACCUGCAAAAUAUGAAUUAUAGUGAUGGUAGUAAAACUAAAACUAUAAUUAAAAUAGAAACUACGGAUGAAGUAAAACAGGAACUUUUUGCUGGAGUUUCAGACAAGUUGAAUUUUGACUGUGAGCCUGGCUUACGAAAUAAAAAAAGGAAAAUUACAAACAAGGGUAACAACGAACAUAACCUAAAAAGACACAUUCGAACGGUGCAUAAUGAUGACAUGCACGAUUGUGAUAUUUACGGGAAAAAAUACUCAACUAAGGAUAAUCUCAAAAAACACAUCGACUCACUACAUGAUGGAAUCACACAUACAUGUGAUAUUUGCGGAAAGAAAUACUCUGCAAAAAAAAGACAUUUUCACUAA